CUUCACAACAUUCCAAGCACCACCACGCCCCUGCCCUCGUUAUCACCAGCGCCCCCGGUUCCCAGCGCGAUUCCAUUCUCCUCUGGAGCGUCGCUGCUUGACAGCUUCUCGCUAUUUGACGAUCCCGUUCAGAGGCGCAGCCAGGCUGCCAGCACGCCACACCCACAUCCAGCAGCCACCCUCCAUCCAUUACUCCCGUCAUCGUCAUCCACGGCAGCUGUCUCAGCCGCAGCUGCGACCUCGGUAUUAGCAUCCGUAUCAGCCUUAGGGGCAACGGCGGGAUUGGGUGCCGUAACGCCAGGUAGCACCACUACCACCGCCUCCAGCUCAAAUAACCAGCAUUUGUCGCGUUCCAAUACUCCGCUGCAGAGCUCGGCUCUGAGCCAAAGUCAGAGCAGGACGGGAUCAGCCCUGGGAAUGGGAUCGAGCCAGCAGCAGCCAGCAGGCGGCCACUCCAGCCUCAUCACUGGACCCACCGAUUUUAAAGAUGAUCCGUUUAAGGACUACCGUUACGAGGAUCCCUUUAGCAUCAAAGAUCCCUUUGCAGACGAUGAUGAGGGGGAUUUAGAAGGCCUAGGCAAGGGAACAAGUCAGAAGAAGAGCUUUGCGGAGGACUUUAGUUCGGAGGAUGAGGUGGGAUCCGCAACCAAGACGCUGAGUAAUAUAAUGAACAACAAUAACAACAGUAAACCCAAGGCCCACACGCCCCUUAACAACGAUCUGCUGCAGCAGUUUGACGCCUUCAAUCUGAACUCGAGUCCAGCGCCCUCGCACCACUCGACCACAUCUUCGCAUCACUCCAGCACUAAGCCCCAUAACCAGAAGUCCCAAACAGCGCUGGACGCAUUCGCUGAUUUCGAUGACUUUGCAGCAACGGCAGGAACAGGAACGGGAAUAGGAAUAGGAAAAGGGGCUGGAACUGGAAAGAGCAUAACCACUAGCAAUACGAAACUCAACGAUUCCUUCUUCGAUGCAUUUAAUGACAACUUUGGUGUAAAUCAGAAUCCAACAGUGGCAUCCAUGGGAACAAUCACCAAGCCCAGCGAUCAAAAGGCUGCCUUCAAUGACAACUUCGAUGAUAACUUUAAGGUAGGCAACUCCUCCAGCCAGCUGGACAAUCAUAACUUUGCCAAAUUCGAUGCCUUCGAGGCGCACAACUUCUCGAAUGACUUUGGCAACAGCUCCUUUGGCAGCAGCGCCAAAGAGAGACAGAACGGGCACAGCAAAGCCAAGAAGGAGCCGAGCAAGGACAAGUUCGAGGCGGACUACUCCAAGCCGGAGAGCUUCGAUGCCGAUCUGGAGGAGGCGCUCAAGCGCAGCAUGGUGGAUAACUAGAGUGUGCUCUGGAAUAAUAAUGUGAUGGAUGGAUCAAUCCACCUGGAAAUCUCCAAUGACACAUGCAAUGUUCAGUCUCUCUCUCUAUUCGACCCCGAUCUAUAGUGUUUAGUGCUUCUUUGUUCUCGCAUCGAUCAAAACUUAUGGAUAAUCCAAUACGAUUACUUUUACUAUGUACUCCUUUCUUCGUGCUCAAGGAUCCCGGCGAAUAGAGAGUUCCAACGGAGCCACUGCUACAAUCUAUAUACAGAUAUAUAUAUAUAUAUACUCGUAGAGCCUAAUGCAUAUUACGAUUUAACCUGUACCAAAACCCUAUGAAUAAUAAACGAAUGAAAUAAUAA